CGGUUAAACGUAUAUUGUGUACAGUUUGAAUCAAACAACCUCGUGUCGCCUUUCAAGAAACACUUCUCAUUCUUUUAAAGUAACAAAUCAUUUUUUUCAAUUCACAUAAAUCAAAAGAAAAAGGGAAACUAUUUUUAAAUGUGCUAAAUUUUUAUUAAAUCAACAAACAUGAAGCUUUUACUAUUUGUCAUAAUUUCCGCAAUUUUAUCCACUGUCAACUGUACGAUUUGUUAUAAAUGCAUUGAUGGUGACCAAUCUCAUGUGAUCGGUUCUUACAAAACUUGCAAUAAAUUUUUAGAUAAUCAUACCUGUAAUACUACUUCCUAUUCUGAUGCAUGUGUAACUUAUGUAUCUGAUUAUCUACACAAAAGAACCACGGUUUAUGACUGUUGGACUGAGAUGCAUCCAUUCAGAAGUGGACAACACAUUGAUACUAACAUAUGCAAGAGCAAUUACUGCAAUCGUGAUGAAAAUUGGGGGCGUUAUAAUAAGGCUACAAGUGUUACCUUGCAAACAUCACUUGCUCUCAUUUUAAUUAGUUCACUCUGCUUCCUCUAAACUUGAAUGUUACAUCAUUAAGGAAACCGAGAGUACAAUGG